AGGUUGAAGACACAACCAUGAUCUACAUUCCACAUGAGUCUGUACGAAAGCAAAGUGAUGAUGAAUCAAAAUAUGUAAGGUUAUUCCAGAACAUUGACCUCUCUUCCAACUUUUAUUUCAGUUAUAGCUAUGAUCUAACUCACAGUCUGCAGUACAACAUGUCACCUCCAACGGAAAUACCUCUUGAUGUGCUUUUAAGCUUUAAAGGUCCUCCUGGAGAAGGAGAAGCAGAGAAAACUGAAAACGUUUUUAACUCUUCAUUAAGCUCAAAGGAAACAAAUGUGUCAUCAAGCAUGAAGUCAAGAAAUAAAGAUCUGCCUGAUAAUAGUUCAUCAAGUAAAAAUAAUGAAAAAAGUGAGGAAAGUGAUACAGCAGCUACAAAUUCCUCAAAGCGAAGCAGUUCUUCAUCUACAAUGUACUAUGGUGUCCGUAACAAACCUCAUAAGAAAUUUAUAUGGAAUGGAUAUCUUCUGAAACCUGUUGAAAACAUUUUGCAUCCUGCCUGGAUAUUGCCAAUAACCCAUGGAUUUGUCGCACAGAGUAAUAUAUCUGUUUAUGGACGGCCAUUUUACCUAACCCUUAUUGCUCGCCGUUCUUGCUGUUAUGCAGGCACUAGAUUUUUGAAGAGAGGAGCAAAUUAUGAGGGGGAAGUAGCCAAUGAGGUGGAAACAGAGCAGUUGGUAUUUGAUGCUCAUGUGCCAUCAAUACAUUCUGGAAGAUACACAUCUUUUGUUCAGAUUCGAGGUUCUAUUCCCUGCCAUUGGUCCCAAGAUGUUAGUAAAAUGGUUCCAAAGCCACCUAUAACAUUUGAUGUCAUGGAACCCUUUGCUGAUACUGCUGGUAAACACUUCAAUGAACUCUUGCGACGGUUUGGAUCUCCCAUUGUAGUAUUAAACUUGGUGAAACGUCGAGAGCGGCGACCUCAUGAGUCCAUCCUUAAUGCAGAAUACUGCCGUUUGAUUCGUCAACUUAACAUCACAUUGCCUCCAAGUCAUCGUAUCCAGUAUGUUGCUGUUGACAUGGCUCGCAUUAAUAAACAGAAAGAAGAGAAUGUCAUGAGUCGCUUAACUGAUAUAUCAUACCGAGCCAUCAAGAAGACUGGUAUAUUUCAGAGUGCCCCACCAUAUUACAGCCAUCACCUUAAUCCAAAUAUUCAUGUUCGCCAUAUGGAGAAGACAAGCACACAGGGAAAACAAGAUUUUGGAUCUCACAAAACCAAUGAAUUAGUUGAACGUCGAGGACGAAAGCAAACUGGAGUUGUACGUGUGAACUGCGUUGACUGUCUUGAUCGCACCAAUACAGCACAGUUUUGCUUAGGAAAAUGUGCUUUAGCAUUUCAGCUUUAUGCCUUAGGAGUUUUGGAAAAGCCAUUCCUAGAAUUUGACAGUGAUUGUGUAAGGAUGUUAGAAGAGAUGUAUGAAGAUCAUGGAGACACUUUAGCCCUGCAGUAUGGAGGGUCACAGCUAGUACACAGAAUCAAGACUUACCGACGCACAGCUCCUUGGACUAGCCAGGGAAAUGACAUAAUGCAGACCCUGUCUAGAUAUUAUAGUAACACAUUUUCAGAUACAGAGAAGCAAAAUGCUAUCAAUUUGUUCCUUGGUGUAUAUCUUCCUUGGGAUGCCUCUCAUCCUAUAUGGGAACUACAGUCAGACUAUCUUCUACAUCAUUCACUUGCAAGGGGAAUUCGUCCAUGCCACCUACGAAGUACCAGUCAGUGGUGGGACUCUGACCUUAUGGAAACUUUACCUGUUCCUGUUGAAGAAGCUAGGAAGAAUGUUGCUCUUCUGAUACCUGUUGCAAAGCAUGAACCUAAGGUUGACCUGUACCAAGAUCAUUAUCGACCAACAGAAUUCUGUGUAUUAUCUGAGCUCUUCAGUUAUCACAUGAGUCAUUCAGUUAGGGACUACAUGCCAAACUUUACAACAGAUGAAAGCCCAUUUAGCGUUCGUCGCCGUCCUGGAAAACGGCAAGAAGAAUUGUCCCGAACUGUGAACUCAGGAUCCCCAUCUCCCAAAAAUCCAAACAUGACUGGUCAGGCCUCAACAUCAUCUACUACAUCCAGUGGCACAAGUUCUACUGAAAGUGAAGCCAGUGAUGAAGAUGAAUUAUCCAUUGCAAGUACUGUCAGUGAUGAGGAAGAAGACAGCACAGCCCCUACUUUGUCCUUAGUAUCAUUUUUUCCCCCUAUGACAGAUACUUAUGGAGAUUAUUUACAUGAACCAUCAAGAACUGACAAUGGUAUAUAUAAAAGAUUUGAACAUAUCUAUAAGUCAACAAGUGGACCAGUACAAAAGACUAGUGUGUGCAGUGGCAGUAGUGGAGUUUCAGUCCCCCUGGUGUUUAUUCAGCGUUCAAGCUUCUGCUUAGAUUCAACGGUGGAAACAGAUCCUCCUACUGUCCCCAGACGUUCUCGUGAAUUAUAUAAUACUUAUGUUGCCAAGGCAACCAAAGGAACACAACCUCCACCUAACAGAGACCUCCUUAUGUAUAGGAAAUUUGCAAGUUUUGCUUGAGAAAUUUAUUCUUCAGUUUAUGCUUUCCAAUACUAUAUUUUAACUUAUAAAUCUAUUUUUUAAAAACUAAUUUUCAACUUUGUAUAUUUUGUUCAAUCAAGUUUUAUUAUUCAUGUUCACUUUUCUUGUCAGAUCCACAAAUAUAAAUUAUCAUGCCAAUUCAAACAGACCUCUCCUUACGUACUUAGGAAAUUUGCUAAUUUUGCUCGAGAACUUUUAGUUUGUUUUCCAUUUUAAUAUAUUUUAAUCAAAACCAUAUAUGUAUUUGACAAGCUUGUAUAUUUUGUUCAAUAAAGUUUUAUAAUCA